AAAAUUUUGAGCCUUCCAAUGUACAUACAGCUGGGAAAGGAAAAUUCACCGAAGCCAACCUGCCUCAUGUUAGCAUGUUGGUUUUUCUCGGCUUUCUGGUGAUUUUAAUCUUGGGUCAACUGGAUCGUUAGAAAUUAAUUGGUGCUGAGUUUUGGAAAGUGAACGGCAAACCGGGGUGCAGAUUUUCUUUUCUUGCAAGCAUAAUCACACUUAAAGGGCAUAUUUUGCAAGACAUAUAGUGAUUGAAGAUGGAUAUUAAGGAAGCAGAAAGGGUGGUCAUUGCCAAACCAGUUGCCUCAAGGCCUACUUGUUCUACUUUCAAAUCUUUCUCAGAGCUCCUAGCAGGUGCAAUCAAUGCUUCUCCCGCGAUUGCAUCUUCUCAAACUACAGUUUCUGCCAUUAGACCAAAGACAGUGAGGUUCAAGCCAACAAUAAAUCGCCCUCCUGCUGGAUUUGUUUCUUCUCAGGAUGACAUUUUUGGAAACUCACUUUGUGAUUCUCCUGACAAGACUCCUAAACUUGAUACCAAACAGUCACUCAUAUACAAGCCAACAGCAAAACUCGUGUCAAGAACAACCGUUUCACUUUUAGCAAAUAUGGGAAAUUGCGGUACUAGUCAGCAACAAACACGGCAAUCAAUGGAGACCAAUCUUCAACAUUCCAUCCAUGAAAAUAUUAGAACCAAUAUGAGCUCAAAUCUUCAUCAUUGUAUUACUCGAAAUGCUGAAAUAAAUCAAACCAGUGAAACUAGUAAGAUGGUACAGCAGAACAUAGAGGAGGACCAAAAAGCUUUAACAUCCUCAACCAAUUGUGAUCGACCUUCUUAUGAUGGGUAUAAUUGGAGGAAAUAUGGUCAGAAACAAGUAAAAGGAAGCGAGUACCCACGAAGUUAUUAUAAGUGCACACAUCCUAAUUGUCCAGUGAAAAAGAAAGUUGAAAGAUCAUUUGAUGGGCAAAUAGCAGAAAUUGUUUACAAAGGUGAACACAACCAUUCAAAGCCACAGCUUCCUAAGCGGAACUCAUCAGGGACACAAGGAUCAGGAGUGGUGUCUGAUGGAAUGGUUCAAGAUAUUUGGAGUAAUAAUCAAAGUGAGAGGAAUGAAGGAAACGAAGAGAGAAUUGAGAACACGGGACUUUCUAUGCAUUCAGAUUAUCAUGUUAAAGCCCCACAUCCUAAUGAUUCUGUUCUAAUUGGUGCAACUAAUGCUUGUGGAGGAAGCACAGAAAAUUCGUGUGGUCUAAGCGGGGAAUAUGAGGAAGGAAGCAAAGGAUUUGAGGCAAAUGAAGAUGAACCAAGAAGUAAAAGAAGGAAAAAUGAGAAUCAAUCAAAUGAAGCAACAUUUUCAGAGGAUUUAAUAGAGCCGCGCAUUGUGAUGCAAAGUUUUACGGAUUCUGAAAUACUUGGAGAUGGCUUUCGCUGGAGGAAAUAUGGGCAGAAGGUGGUGAAGGGAAAUCCAUAUCCCAGAAGUUACUAUAGAUGUACUCAUAUCAAGUGUAACGUUCGCAAGCACGUAGAGAGAGCAAUAGAUGACCCAAGGGCAUUUGUCACAACAUACGAGGGAAAGCACAAUCAUGAGAUGCCACUCAAGAACACAGGAAGCGUGGCCUCCGAAAGAGAUUCACAGGCUUCACUUAGUAAAGAUAAAUCAUGAUUGAUACUUCAAAUUAGUUAACAACAUUAUGACCCAAUGGCAUUGGCACAAGAAUACAAAACUAAUUGAGAGGAUCCAUUACCUUUAUUUCCUAAACUAUGCUCAGAAUAAUUGAAGUUCAUCAGAAGAUAUUGACAAUUUCGAAUGCAUUAACUACUGAUACUAGGAUAUUUACUCAUGGGGCAACUUGUUGAUGCCGGUGGUGGUAAUUUGUAUCAUAUUUAUGGAAUCAGUGGCAUUCUUCAAUAAUUUUGCAUCUCUGCUAGCUGCCUUGGUAUACCAAAUCGGUAUAU